AUGGAGUUGUUUGAAGAUCCCGAAUUCUUGAAGGCACAGCAAAACAUCAAAGAAUUGGUAAGAGUUGCAUCUGUCAAUACAUUUCUAAAAACAAUACUGAAAGCAUCUCCAAAAACAUUCUUCUUUAUUUUCUUACUGAUCAUACUCCCUCUUACAUUUCUACAAGUUCUGUUGGAAACUAUCAAUAUACUCGCACUAUGUACCUUUAUUGCCAAUCUGUUUACCAAAUCAUCACCUGAAUAUCAAUAUGCAAACUCAUACCUUCCGUAUGAAGAAAUCCUUGGCACAUAUCCUAUCCGCUACUGCUUCUACCUUGUUUUGUUCUUACCCUUCUAUUAUCUGUCUAUCACUGCUAUAACUUUCAAUGUGGCUUCACUUUACGUAUCAAAACCCUUGUCUCACGUUUCUAUUCUUUCUGCUAUUUCUCGUAUCUUAAAACGUCUUGGAAUCACCUUUCUUCAUGCCUUGCCCCAAAUUUUCAUGAACUACAUGGCUUACUGCGCUGUUUUUACUCUGAUCUGGACAACUCUUACCCUGAUCCGUACAAUACCGAAAAUUGAUUAUGUCCUGGUAACCGUCAUAGGUACCGUGUUUUUUAUCAUCUAUGUUUUUCUAGUCUUUGUCGUUCAUGGGAAUUUUAUAGUAUGGUGGAACUUUGCCAAUAUGCUUUCGGUUCUUGAACCAAAAGUAUACGGUUCAACAGCCAUAAAGAAAAUUACACAAAUCUUACUAGCGAAAAGAAUUGGUACGGGUUGGCUUGUAUUCUACUUCGUUGUUGCUUAUGAAGUUACUCUUCGUGCAAACUUGGUGAUGCAAUCUGAUAAGGACAUUAUAUAUAGGGUUUUGAUCAGUUCACUAUGGGUCCUUGUACUAGCAGUGUUGAAUUUCUUGGGGUUGGCUGUUCAGAAUCUCGUGUAUUAUCACGCGAUUGACGAAGGAGUUUUGUCUAUUAGCACUUCAGAGAGGAAGGAGUCUGGUAAUGAUAAUCUUGUUUGA